AGGCACCUGGGGACCGUCUCCGAGGCGGGGGAGGAGGAGGACCAGCUGCUGUGCGUGCUCCUGGUGGCCCGGCACGGCGAGAGGACCCCGAAGCAGAAGGUGAAGGUGAAGGUGCGGCUGAAGUCCGAGUUCCGCGCCGGGUGGCUCUGCGCCUGGAUCGUGGGCUCGGGAGCGGGCGCCGCCGAGGCUGUGUCGCCCCCCGAGACGCUGGAGCUGCGCUGCCCGCACCAGCUGGAGCGGCUGGCCAGCGCGGCGCGGGAGCUGGCGUCCGCCGGCCACGAGGUCGAGACGCUGGAGGACGCCCUGAAGUACACCGCCGACGAGGGCAUGCUCUGCCACGCGAAGGUCUGCGCCAGCGGCCCCACGUUGGCCGUCGGCCUCAAGUGGGGCGGCGAGCUGACGCAUGCGGGCGCGGAGAGGGCAGAGGCCCUGGGGCUGGCGUUCCGCGGCGAGAUGUACCCGAACGAGGACAUCGACGAGCUGCACGCCACCCUGCGGCACGACGUCAAGGUCUACUCCUCGAGGGACAGACGGUGCCAGCAGACCGCGGCGGCCUUCUGCAGGGGCAUGAUGAAGAUCAUGGUCGAUAAGCCCACCCAUUUCGCCCUUCCGCCGAUCAUCGCCGCGCUGGUGCGCACGGACGGCCGCCUGGAGGGCGUGAACAACUACGCCGCCGAGGACGAGCAGCGUGCGCGAGUUGAGGAGGAGAGCGCACCAGAGCCGAUCCCCGUGGAUGCGCCCUGGAAGGAGCUGGAGGCCCGCCUGGGCGGCUUCCGCGUGCCCGAGCUGCUGCUGGCCUUCGGCACCGCGGAGUCCCCCGCGUCCCCCGCGCCGGCGCUGCGGGCGCUGCGCGGGCACCUGGAAGAGCUGACCGAGGCGCUCAACUCGGCCGAGCCGCGACGGGCUCUCUACGGGGGAGAGACCCCGACGCUGUUGAGAGAGCGGUACAAGGACGCCCUCGGCGACCUCGGCUCCCCCGAGGAGCCGCCGCGCUUCGGCAAGGUGCUGCACGUGAUGGACCACCUGCAGUACGACCACAGCCACAACGUGGAGGCCGUGCCGGCGCGCGCGGUGGCGCCCCUGCGCGCGGCGCUGCCGCUCUGCGAGGCGCUCUGCGACGUUGUGGCGGCCGCUGAUGCCGUCCAGGAGCGCGCCGCGGCGCCCAGGGCCAGAGGCCACGGCGUGGCGCUCCUGAGCAAGAUGCGCUGGGACCUGCGCGUGGCCUCCGGGGAGGACCUCGGCCACGAGACCGCCCACCUCCAGAAGCACGAGGCGCUCUACAAGGCAGUGGAGUCCACGGGCGCGCCGGCCGAGAGGCCCUGCGUGCGGACGCGCCUGUACUUCAGCCACAACUCCCAGCUGCACGGGCUCCUGCAGAUGCUGACCCGCGCGCGCGGAGGCCAGGGCCUCCCGGGCUCCGAGGUGGGCGGGGACCAGGUGCUCGAGCUGCUCAGGACACGCCAGGGCUUCCUGUCGCACUUCGCAGUCACCUUGCGUCGCCGAUUUGCCGAUGGCAGCCUGCAUGUCGCCUGCGACUUUGCCACCGAGGGCACGGGCAGGCGGCGGCGCCUGUUCGACAUGCCCCUGGACGCGGCGGACGCCUGGUGGUCCGAGCUGCUGGACGAGAGGGGCGGCCCGGGCUGGCUGGAGGGUGAGGACAGCUGCCCCGGAGGUGACCGCGCGGCGUCGCCCGAGGACUGAGGUUACUCGCGCCCCGGUAGUCCGCUCGCGCGCAAGAGCGCGCGUACGGCGGCGAGGGGGAGAA